AUGACCCUCUCCGGUGGCGGCAGCGCCAGCGACAUGUCCGGCCAGACGGUGCUGACGGCCGAGGACGUGGACAUCGAUGUGGUGGGCGAGGGCGACGACACGCUGGAAGAGAAGGACAGCGAUGGGGGCUGCGACAGUCCCGCGGGGCCGCCCGAGCUGCGCCUGGACGAGGCGGACGAGGUGACGCCGGUGGCACCCCACCACGGGCAGCCUCAGCCGCCGCACCAGCAGCCCCUGGCACUGCCCAAAGAGGUGGCUGGAGCCGGGGCCGGGCCAGGGGGCGAGGCGGGAGCAUCCGAGGCCGACGGCUGCAAGAGCGGCGCUGGCGGCGAGGAGGGCGGCGGGAGCGGUGGCGGGCCCGGCUCCGGCAGCGGUGCGGCGGGCGGCCUGGCCCCGAGCAAGCCCAAGAACAGCCUGGUGAAGCCGCCCUAUUCGUACAUCGCGCUCAUCACCAUGGCUAUCCUGCAGAGCCCGCAGAAGAAGCUGACUCUGAGCGGCAUCUGCGAGUUCAUCAGCAACCGCUUCCCCUACUAUCGGGAGAAGUUCCCCGCCUGGCAGAACAGCAUCCGCCACAACCUCUCGCUCAACGACUGCUUCGUCAAGAUCCCCCGUGAACCGGGCAACCCGGGCAAGGGCAACUACUGGACCCUGGACCCUCAGUCCGAGGACAUGUUCGACAACGGCAGCUUCCUGCGGCGCCGGAAACGCUUCAAGCGCCACCAGCAGGAGCACCUGCGUGAGCAGACGGCGCUCAUGAUGCAGAGCUUCGGCGCCUACAGCCUGGCGGCGGCGGCCGGCGCCGCGGGGCCCUACGGCCGCCCCUACGGCCUGCACCCUGCGGCCGCAGCCGGUGCUUACUCGCACCCGGCGGCCGCGGCAGCAGCGGCGGCGGCCGCGGCUCUCCAGUACCCGUACGCGCUGCCGCCCGUGGCCCCCGUGCUGCCGCCCGCCGUGCCGCUGCUGCCCUCGGGUGAGCUGGGCCGCAAAGCGGCCGCCUUCGGCUCUCAGCUCGGCCCGGGCCUGCAGUUGCAGCUCAAUAGCUUGGGAGCCGCCGCGGCCGCCGCAGGCACGGCGGGCGCCGCGGGCACCACGGCGUCGCUCAUUAAGUCCGAGCCGAGCGCGCGACCGUCGUUCAGCAUCGAGAAUAUCAUCGGAGGGGGCCCCGCGGCGCCCGGGGGCUCGGCCGCGGGCGCUGGGGGCGCUGGGGUAACUGGGGGCACCGCGGGUAGCGGAGGCGGUGGCGCCGCGCAGUCCUUCCUGCGGCCGCCCGGGACCGUGCAGUCGGCAGCGCUCAUGGCCACGCACCAGCCUCUUUCACUGAGUCGGACGACGGCGACCAUCGCGCCGAUUCUGAGCGUGCCGCUUUCUGGACAGUUUCUGCAGCCUGCAGCCUCCGCUGCCGCUGCUGCCGCCGCCGCAGCUCAAGCCAAGUGGCCCGCUCAAUAG